UCAUCCACAGAGGAGGAGCUGCUGCGUCAGCACGCACGCGCGCGCGAACCGUGAGAGUCCGUGAUGUUUCCCGCCGCCCACGCACGUGCGUUGUCGCCCACAGCUGGAGAACUGAUGAUGAAGAGGAAGAUGAUGGAGGAGGAGGCGGCACCGGGACACCGAGUCUGGCCGUCACUGCACUGAACACAGAGCACCGGGCUCCUGUGAUCCGAUCAUCCGGAACCUUAAAAAAAAAAAUCCCUGUUAAUCCGACUGAAAAAAAACACGUCUUUUCUUCAUGGAGCCUCUGCAGGGCGCGGGUUAGCGGGGUCAACAGGGGGCACCAGAGAGACAGACAGCAGUGUAACUCCACUAAAGCUCAUGGAUUUGAAGAGAGUGUUGUCUUUCCCACCGUACCCUGGAGAUUACCUGCAUCCAGUGGUUUACGCCUGCACCGCAGUCAUGCUGCUCUGUCUGCUCGUCUCCAUCAUGACCUACAUCGUCCACCACAGCGUGAUCCGCAUCAGCAGGAACGGCUGGCACAUCCUCCUCAACUUCCUCUUUCACACGGGACUCACGUUUGGAGUUUUUGCUGGAGGCAUCAAUCAGAUCAACCUUCCAUUUGUGUGUCAGAUUGUUGGCAUUGUGCUGCACUAUGCUUCUUUGUCGACGAUGCUGUGGCUGAUGUUCACUGCCAGAAACAUCUGCAAAGAUGUGUCCAAAGACCCGCUACGGGCCCAGGACAGGAACGGUCCGACCCAGAGCAGCAGCAAACCAACCAUCCUCGGAUUUUAUCUGGUCAGUGAUGGAAUCCCUCUCAUAAUUGUUGGCGUUACUGCCACACUUGGUCUGGAUAACUAUGGCAGCAGGGACGGUGCUCUGUAUUGCUGGAUGGCAUGGGAACCAAGUCUGGGAGGUUUCUACGCCCCGAUGGCUCUUCUGGUCUUAGUCAUGUCCGUGUACUUCCUGUGUACCUACGUCCAGCUGAAGCGCCACCCGGAGAGGAAGUACGAACUGCGCGUUCUGAGCGAAGAGCAGCAGCAGUUAUCGUCCAGUGACUCAAACCAUCACUGUCACAUAGAUGCUGGUGCAGCCUCAGGAUCAGUUGGGGACUGUCCUCCAUUUUCUACAGGUGUUUCAGUGCUGGCCAAUGAGCACUCGUUUAAAUCUCAGCUCCGUGCCACAGCCUUCACUCUUUUCCUCUUCUUAGCUACCUGGGCUUUAGGAGGACUGGCAGUUUCACUGGGGCAUUUCCUGGAUAUGAUCUUCAGCUGCCUGUAUGGGGCUUUUUGUGUCACUCUAGGACUAUUUCUUCUGAUCCAGCACUGUGCCAAACGGGACGACGUGUGGCACCGCUGGUGGGCUUGUUGCCCGUCAAAGCCCAAAACAGAGGAUGGAGAUGUCAGUGGACAGAGUCAGAUGCAGUUGGUCCACCAGCCUCACUGCCACCUGAACUCCACAUACUCAGGAAAGCAGCUCUCUCCUCACCUUUUGCAGAGUUCCUACAACAAAAUGACGCCAUCUCCCCAAAGCCCCACACCCAACCAUACGGGUCCAUGCUGUGUGGCUGUGAUGAGUCCUGUCUCGCCUCUCGCGGACCCAAUGCCCUCACCACGCCCACAGUCACUGCCUGACGAACUCCCCCGUCCCGUUCUGCCUCUCCAGAGCUGCCUUAUUAACAGAACAAAGUCACACUCCUUCAACCGCCCUCGUCCUUGCCUCCAGGACUUUCGCUCUCAAAUGAUUUCCACCAGUGUGGAUGGGAGUAUGCAAAGCUCCCACCUGGACAGUCCUGCACACCACCACGAAGGCUCAAACAGCCCACACCCAGAACUCCAGCUUCCCUGCCCAAGCCCUCACUUGGAUAAACAGCUGGCCUCCUGCCACACCUUACAACGCCAGACCUCCUGCCACAGCACACAAGACUCAAUGCCUUCCGGCCACAGCCAUGCACACAACAUGCAUGACAGCAUCAGUUCCAGUCACAGCCUCCUCUUGCCUUCUCAUGGGGUCCACACCUGCCAGUGGCACAUGUACAGCUCAGCUGAUCCUUCCUCCACCAUGAGCUGCUUCUGCGACAAACCUGAUCCCUUCAAUCUCCAGUAUCACCAAGACCGCGAUGCUUACAGCUGCGCAUCAAAGACAGCUGACAAAGAAAAGGAUGAUCUCUGUGUCAGUGCGGAGCAGAAAGGGUUCCCGAGAAACACUCUGCCUCGGCGGCACGGCGGCGUCAAUCUACGAGGAACCAUUGGUAGAAACAGGAGUCUGCAGGAAGACAACCUGUUUGGUUUGGAAGCCUCAAGAAACGUACGGACUGGCCGUUGGAAAAAUGAAACCACUGUAUAGUUUUCUAAUGCUUGUAUGUCCCGGUCUCUACAGCAGCCCUCAAAGUUCUUCUUUAGUGUUAAGUGGUUUUCACAACUUUUGCCCUUAAACCCCAGGUUGAUCUUCCAUCUGGGCCUUGUUUCCUGAGGACCUGUCAGAACCUUUAAUGACAAAAUUAUCUUUGUGUGUUUUGAGUCCGUUUUAUGAGAAAUAUAAAGGUUUAAUUAACGCUGGCUAAAUUCUUUACUCCAUGCAGUUUAAAGUUACAGUCAGUGUUUUAUGGCUUGCUUUGUGGGCGCAGAACCUCGGUAGUUAUAUCUCAGCAAAAAAGAUCCCGUUGACCCCACAAGUUCUUACCUUCUUUAAUUUUGUCGAGUUUGUAUGUUCUACCUGCAUCCUAUGCUACACAGUCUUCCACCAAGUGGUCUUCACAUGUCCAGACCAAAAACCAAGCCUAGAUUCAUAAGGGUUCAGGUCCAUGUUAGAUAGAUUCCAGUAACAACCAAGUGGACCCGAGAAGAUCCUGACCAUGUCAGAGAAAGGUGACUGCGAAUUGGCAACAGUAAGUGCAAGGGCAACUGUGAAGAACUCAACCUCCAACAGUUCAUGUACAAGCAGGUCAAAUACAAAGAUGAUCUUCACAGGGUAAGACCUGAUAAGACCUCUACUAUCCUUGUCCAAGGUUUGCAAGUUUUCCACCCACAGUAGGGAUGUUACCCAAAAAUGUGUCCUUUAAACACAAACUGAUUCUUUGAUGGGCAAACGUAAAAGGUUUGGACUCAAACCAAAAAGUUAUCCAAGAUCCAUGUGGACCUGAAGUCUUAUGCAAAGAGGAAGUGUCACUGAAUGCUCCUUUAAAUACUCGGGUUGAUCAGUUUUAAAAGAGAAAUAUGUAAGUAAUUUUGUACAAUGGCGACUUAUUGUGGUUCUUUGCUGUCGUAUAGAACGUUCCAGUGUCAGAAAUCCAAAUGAAAUACGACCAAAAAAAGUAUCAAUGUGACAAAUUGUAGUAUCGCUGAUGCAGUGGACCAGCAUUUUGCAGGACUUUGUAUUUUCAAUUUUCCAACAACCAGUUUCACAAAAGUUGAAUUAUUAGAUUUUGAGCAAAAACAUUUGCAUGAAGUGAGACUGGGAAAGAAGACACACCUCCAUUUCCACUUUUUAAUGCAAGACAAAGACCAAAUAUUCAUGGCUCGCGCUUAGGGAUGCACGAUAUUUGACUUUUCACAAUUUAUCCGAUAUAUAUCUUGAGUGCUUCAGACGAUUACAGAUAUAUUUCAAUAUUUUUCAUACUCAUGUAACAAGAUGUAGAAGUUUAUAAAAGUAUGAAAAAAGAGCUGUAGAGGGCGCUAGCAUAGAAGCCAAGAGGUGGCAGCCUAUUGUUUUAGUCAUGUCAGGGGAUCUUGCCGCGCUUGCCGAUAUCCGAUAAUACAUUUUAAAGCCAAUAUCGGUGAAUAUUAAUAAUAUUGUGCAUCCCUAGUUGUGCUUUCUCAUGUAUAAAUCAUCUGUCAAAUGCUGUCCCCUACUGGUUGAUUUAGCUAUUUUUCUACUCAUUGCCCCUUUAUUUGUUUUUUUAUCUCAAAUUUGAGUUGCACAGAUUUGACUCAGUGUGAGCAUGUGUGUGUUUUUAUGUGUGAAACAGUGCAUGAGUAGGUUCAUUCACAUGUGGUGUGUUUGCGCUAUAUAUAUAAAUAUACACACACAUAUAUGUGUAUAUAUAUAUAUAUACA